UUCGGUGAUUCGUACCCGGAACGUCACAAAGCGUGUCUGAUGUCACUUCCGCUCCAGAAAACAGUUGGUGGUUGUUAUAAUCUAGCUCUGGCAGCAGGCAACGAACGUCAAAAUUUAGGUUGACUGAGCGGGCAACCAUGGCCACCGACAUGAUCGACAACAUCGCCAAGGUUCUGGUGCAGUCCGCCAAGCUGGUGGAGGAUCAGGUGGACGCCGAGUUGACCAAACUCAACGAAAUGGACGAAGACGAUUUUGAGAAAAUGAGGGAACGACGACUGGAGGCGCUGAAGAAAGCCCAGAAACAGAAGCAGGAAUGGUUGUCAAAAGGACACGGAGAGUACCGGGAAAUUCCCAGUGAGAAAGAAUUUUUCGGCGAGGUCAAGGAGAGCAAGAAAGUUGUCUGCCACUUCUACAGAAACUCCACCUUCAGAUGUAAGAUCGUAGACAAACACUUGGCCCUGCUGGCAAAGAAGCACGUCGAGACGAAGUUCAUCAAACUCAACGCGGACAAGGCGCCUUUCCUGGCCGAGCGGCUGCGCAUCAAGGUCAUCCCCACGCUGGCGCUGCUCAUCGACGCCAAGUCAAAGGACUACGUGGUGGGCUUCGGCGACCUGGGGAACACGGACGACUUCAGCACCGAGAUGCUGGAAUGGCGGCUGGGCUGCGCCGACGUUAUCAAUUACAGCGGUAACCUGAUGGAGCCCCCCACAGUCACGCAGAAGCCUCACUCCAGAUUCACCAAGGUGGAGAAAAAGACCAUCAGGGGUCGGGGCUACGACACGGAUUCUGAAGACGACGACUGAGGGAUGCCGAAAACCGUCUCUUUGUUUCUUCUCCCUGGGCUACCUCAUUCACAGCGUCUUUCAUCUGGUCCACUUUUAUUUUAUCGCUGUCCUUUUAUCGUUUGAUCAUUUUUCUUGAGUAAAUCACUUCACAUCAGAGGAUUUCAUCGUGAACUCAACUAUGCCAAUCGUCGUCUAACACGGAUUUGUAGUUAUUCUUAACAUCAGCCCUUUAGCAUUGACACAUGAUGGUGCAAAGGUUUUUUUUUUUUUUUUUUUUUUUUUAGAAAUGUUUUUACAUGAAGCAAGAGUUUGGAAACUGAAUUCAUUAAAAAAAAAGUAUCCAAAACUGGAA